AUGGAGUUUGAAAAGGCGUGGGAGGACAAGAACUCGCAUAAAGCCUAUGCUUUACUGAAACAGUAUAGCGGCAAAAUAAAAAGAUGUUCUCCUGUCCUCAACACUGCCAAUGGAGUAGCUAUCGUUCGAACACCAGCCGAAUGUGCAAAACCGUUCGAGGUGGUGACUGGAGUGACACAAGGAGCACGACCGUUCCUGUUCAACUUCGCUAUCGAUGACGUUAUGCGAAGGAUAGUUGAUCUGUGUCCUGAUAGUAGAUCUGUGUCCUCCGAUAUCAUUCCAGCACCAUCAGGACGCCCAUUGUCCAACGCUGACGAUGUUGUUAUAUUUGCGAAAAGCAGUACGAAUCUUCAACAUGUUGUCAACCUUAUAUAG